AUGGAUAAGGAUAAGUCUUUAAAUUGUUACGAAAAUAAGCAAAGAGUUCAGGAGCAACCUAUACUCACAACUAAAAAUAUUAGAAAUCGGCUUUCACAAUUUGUUGAUUCUGAAAUUCAGCAUGCAAAUUUUAAGCCGUGAAUAGCUCAUAAUAGCGAAGAAACAAAUAAAGGUAAAUCAGAAGAUGACUUACUCUUUCCAUCCUAUAAGCACAUAAAAUGAUGAUAUUACAAACCCAUUCUCUCUCGCAUCUGCUAA